AUGUCGUAUUCCAUGCAAUAUUUUCCGUAUCAACUUUGUGAUUUUAAUCACGAAAAUCUUCCUGAUAAAUACUCUACUAUUGUUAACAAAGUUAUUUCAAAAUAUAUCAGCGAGGAUACCUUGCUCAAGAUCGAACAGAACACCGUAUUGUCGCUUUAUGAUCUAUUAACGCCAAUAGAAAAUCAUCGUACCUUGAAGAUACCGAGACCGCAAAAUUCUUUUGUGAUAUAUCGAAGGAAUUUACAAGCUAAAAUGGCUAUCUGUCAAGCAACGAGUCUUGAAAGGCUAGACAAAAUUUCCAAAAUUGCUGGUACAAGAUGGAAAGACGAACCAAAGGAAGUUAAAGACCUUUUUACGCUUAUCGCUGAUUGUGCAAAGAAGGUUCAUAGUCGUAUUUAUCCCGGCUACGUCUAUAAUCCGAGGAGAAGUUGUUUAACCAAGAUGUCAAUGACUCCUACAAAUUAUCGUGCCUUAUUAAAUGUUCGUUGGAAAAAUCAUUUAGGAAUAAAACUUUCGUCACCUUUACCACAAAACUGCCCGAAUGAAUUAACCCCUGAAUCUCAAAGCUUGAACUUUCCACAAUCUGAAAUCAUUUCACUUAAAAAAACCUUUUCACCUCUUGAAAUUACGCCAAAUUUUAUGAAUUCUUACGAUAAUGACAUUCGCAACGUUCUUAACAAAAAUAUGCAAGUAUUUUUUCAUUAA